GUGUAUAUCUAAUUCAGCAAAGAAUCUCUCUUUUCUUCUUCAAUCGAUAAUAAAUGGCGUCAACGAAGAAGAUCACUUUGAAAAGUUCCGAUGGCGAGGCGUUUGAGGUUGACGAGGCAGUGGCUCUCGAAUCGCAGACGAUCAAGCACAUGAUCGAAGACGAUUGCGCUGACAGUGGAAUUCCUCUUCCAAACGUCACCAGCAAGAUCCUUGCGAAGGUGAUUGAGUAUUGCAAGAAGCACGUCGAUGCUGCUGCUUCCGAGGAGAAGCCAUCCGACGAGGAUCUCAAGAUGUGGGAUGCUGAAUUCGUUAAGGUCGAUCAGGCCACGCUCUUCGAUCUCAUUCUGGCUGCAAACUACUUGAACAUCAAGAGCCUCUUGGACCUUACUUGCCAGACAGUGGCAGACAUGAUCAAGGGCAAGACUCCGGAGGAGAUUCGCAAGACAUUCAAUAUCAAGAAUGACUUCACGCCGGAGGAGGAGGAGCAGGUCCGCCGCGAAAACCAGUGGGCUUUUGAAUGAUGAUGAUCUGCUGCUUCUCCUGCUGCAUGCAUAGCUUCUGAGAUGGGUGCCCUGUGGUUCCAUUUAUGCUAUAGUUGCUAGUUUUA